AACCCACUGAUUUAUGAUCUAAACGUUUUGGUCAGGCAUUGUUUUGGACAGACUCCUAUAGAAUCUCUAGCACACAUGUAUUCAUGUUAUAAAUAUGAGACCUUGAGGACAACACCUACAUAACAGGAAAUACCCUAAUUGGCCACACAGGAGGCGGGGCUUCUGCAAAUAGGCUCUUGUUUUAACCACAACCACAUCCUUCAUGUCAUAUUUUCGUCACAAGCUCUCUGACUGUGCAUGUUGAUCAGUAGAUUGGCAUUGUAAAUGUCAAGACUUACGCAAUGUACAACGGGUGUUUGAUUGGGAACGGGAUAAUUUCAUAUUUCUAUCCAGAUUUGAUAUUUUGGUGAACAAGUUCAAUGGGAAUAUUAUCAAGUUUGCAUGUGGGCUCUUUACAAUGCAUUUGAGUGGGGCUGACUGCAGAUUCUUUCCCUCUUCCUCCAUGAUGGCUCUAUGGCAAGCCAUAGCCUUGCUUGUAAUUUGUGGACUUGCUGAGUGCAAUGACGGCGUGUGCAGUGUGACCUGCACCACAGAUUUUAUCUCCAUGCUGAACUGCUCGAAUUCUGACUUGGGAGGAGCAGCUUCGUGUCAUGUUGUGGCUAAUUGCAGGGAUGAAUAUUUAUCUGGAAAUGGUAGCUGUAGCAUCAGCCCACCACAGUCAUGGUGCACAAUGGAGCCAGAAGAUCUGGAUAUAAUGUCCUUUGAUACCAACUGCUCUAUCAUAGUAACACAAAUGACCAAACAAGGCAAUGUGGAGACCCCAACAGAGAGUCACUCUGAAGACAUUGUUUUGUACAGAUCUAUUAAGCCAAAGCAACCUUUCAACCUAAACAUUACAAAAACCGGUGUGGAUUUCAACCUCACUUGGGAUGUGGCUUAUGCAGGUCAAUUUCUCGGUACAAAAUUAAUGUACAGAGUACGAUUACGAACUAAAAGCAACCUGGAUACGAAUGGGCAAAUUUACGACCUGCAGCAGAACCAGCAAUCACUGGUUAUCUUAAGUGAACACCUCAAGCCGGGAAGGCAGUAUGUGGCAGACGUUCAGGUUGCAGUGCAUCCUUCAUGUUUUGAAUCCAUGUGGAGUGAAUGGAGCAACAGCAUUGAAUGGACAACUGACUCUCCAGAGUCAGAACAGUAUUAUUUCCUACUGUUGGCACUUCCGGUUGUGGUGGUGGUGCUGCUUGUGUACAGUGUGAAAUUAGGGGGCAUCAAAAAGCUGUCCUUAUGGCAACACAUCCCAAGCCCUCACGAGUACUUCACACCACUCUACCAUACAUAUCAAGGAGACUUUAAGAGAUGGGUCGGACCAGUCCUGACCUUCAACAGCUUUGAUGUCCUUGAGAAGAGCACCACUUUGCAGGUGCUUUGUGAGAAGCAGCAGAACGAAGGCUCAGAGGAGCCUGCUAACAACAGGAGCGCCGAGCGGGACUUUGGUCCGGCGGGUCAAAACUCAUCUAAACUCUACUUCCUCGGAAGCAACAGUCACGGCAUCGCACACUCCGGCGGCCACAUAUCGAUGGACACCGUUACAGUGUCCGGUCAGGAGGGCGUCAUGGCCGACUGGUCUGGUGACAGUCACAGACGGAGCCUAGAGGACUUCCUCAACGGCAAAGACGCCAAUCAGAGAGCGGCUGAGAUCGAUGACAGGCAGCCUCUUGUACCUAACGGCAGGAGGAGUUUACAGGGUUCAGACUUUGACGACUGGCAUCUACAGGAGCACGACCUGGAGAACAUUGAGCAGGUCUCACUGGACUCCUACAGCUCUAAUGAGCAGUCCGAUGACGGUUAUCCACAAAUGGGAUUGGAUUUGGACACCAUAGACAGUGGAUUUCUUGAGUCGGACUGUUCAAGCCCGUCCGCGUUCGACGGGAACGAGCAGAUAGAGACUUCAUCGCUGGAUGGCGUGGGACGUUCCCAUUCAAAUUAUGUCAAACAGUGGGUGGCUUUUACAUCAGUUCAAGUUGAUGCCCACACCACUGAAAAGUAGCUGCUCAUGGGAGUUUCUAUAGCUACGCCAAUCUAAAUACUGAAUAAUAGACAACAGAAAGUGAAAGCAUCUACAAAACGUAUAAAGACUUCAACUUGCUCACAUGUGAGCUGUUUCUUGUUACACUGAACUGUAUUUGUGGCAUAAAUAGACUCAUUAGACAUGAGCUGUGUCAUCAUUCACAGGACAUUGGUCUACAUUAAGACUUCAGGACAGUAUAAAUGGCUGCAUCUCAAUUUGCAUACUAUCAUUCCUUUAGGCCUGUAGACUUUAGUCAGGUCAGUGCCAUAUAUGACAGGACUGAAAACAAAGCUGUGAGAGACUGAAUUACAGUGCGUUCCAAGAAUUAUACUGUUGUUCAGGCAACAAAGCCUCUUUAUAAAGAAACUUUCAGUUGACAAAAACUCUAAAAUGUGUUUGUAAGUUGUGAAAAAGAGCUGACCUAGGAGCUUUAUGCAGUGCCUGACACUGUAAAUAUUGUAAGUCUAUCCUUCACAGCCUUGUUUUCAUCCGUGUUAAAUUCAAUAUGGCGUAUAACCUGAACAAGUUCUGUAGCCAGAGGUUGUGCUACUAAUUAUGAUUGCCUGUCACUCUAAUGGACUGGGUUGUACUUUUUCUGUCAUGCUCUAUUUUUAUAUUACAGUAAAAUAUUGUAACACUCAAUAUUUUUAAGGUGACUUUGUCACACAAACUACAAAAAAAAACAUGUUACUUUUUAAAUCCUACUUUUCCUAGUCAGUUUUGAAUUUUUAAACCUUUUCUCCUUUUUCCUUCUAAUAACUAUGAAAGGUCAUUUUCGGUUAAGAGUAAAAAAAAAUGGCAGCGGCUAUUUGCGAUGGAGGCUAUUUACACUAAAUGAAAAUGGCAUACUUUCUU